AUGUCCGAAACAACAACAAAUCAAAGAACCGACGAGCUGCGGCAAGAAUUGCGCGAGACGUCGUGGAUCGAGAGAAAAUAUCACCGGAGUUUGGAACUGAAUAAGAAUCGGCCAGCUCUUGGCGAAUCAAUUCCGAACGAAUGUUACACUGAAGAAUUUGUCAAAUCCAAGGCCCAAAUUCUUAAGAAAAAACCAUUGCGGCUAAAAGAAUACCAACAUCUUCAAAAUGCGUUUUUACAGAGCGAAGAAAACAUAAAUGCCUUUCUCAGCGUCGAUAAUGCCCUGCAUGCGCUUGUUCGUGAACUGUCUGGGUGCAAUCCAGACCUGCAGCUUGCUGCGGCAAAUUGUUACUGCAAUCUCGCUCUCGGUAAUAGUAAAGCUUGCAAUGUGUUGGCUAAGGCAGCUGGCCCUUACUUGCUUGCAACGUUGGACAGCCUAAACUACAAUCUUAUGGAUAUAUGCAUAUGGACAAUUGGAAAUUUAGCCGCUGGAAGCGAGAAGGCCUUCGAAAUAGUUUAUGCUCAGGGCUGCUUGAGGCUUUUGAUUUCGCUGUUACGAGAAUGCGAUCUCACCUUGCUGCCCUCUGUCAUUUACGCAACAAUGCAUUGUGUUUAUGCUGGCUAUGAGCACAUUCAAGAUUCUGAAAUUGUUCAUGUAACAAAAGCAAUUGUUUGUCGACAAAGUCAUUAUCAUGAUCCAAAUACACUUUGGUUACUAGCAAUAUUGUCAUCAAAAAGUACAUGCGUCGAACAUAUUUUAAUACUACUUUCAUCUCUUAUUGAAUAUCUACACAAUGCUACCAAGUCUGAGUUUUCUGAUGUUGUUCAAGUGACAGCCGUUGUUAGAAUUCUAGCAAAUGUUAUUUGCGAGGCCACGGGAGAAGCUGUUGAUGCUUUAUUCAAUAACCCAAAGCAUACUGAGACGGAAACACAGCUUCUUUUGAAUAAAUUGUUGAUGCAACCUCACCUGCAUUUGCAAAAAGAAACACUUUGGCUUAUAGGAAAUCUUUAUAAUCAUCCUUCGCUGCGACAUCGUGAACAGGCGCGGAGUUUAAUAUGUACCUUGUCAUCAUUACGGCAAGCUGCAUUGUCCACAGGAGCAUCGUUAUAACUUACCCAACUUAUCAACUAACAACAGGAUUGAAUAAACCAUGAAGUUUUUAAUUCUUUUCUACCCUUUUACACUUUUGUAAAAGAAAACGUAGAUUUUUUAUUAGAAAUAAAUUGUUAUGUUUAA